CAGCACUCUCUUUCAGCAUGGGUUCCAGCGACACGCAGAGCCCCGUAUUUCUGUUAUUUCCCCCAGAAGUCACUGAUCCACAAUAUCAGUCUGCAGAACUAAGAAGCAUAAUCUAUGAGUACCACGACUCCAUGCAGAAAUUAUUUACCUCAAAAAUGAAUAUCUUAGGGGCUACCCAGGUCAUCCUUGGAAUUCUGAUUUUUUCCUUUGGAAUUGUUUUCCUUUUCACCUUGGUCGAGCCAUAUCCAAGAUUUCCCUUUGUGAUCAUUACAGGGUACCCGUUCUGGGGUUCUGCUUUGUUCAUUGCUUCUGGAGCUUUCCUAAUUGCAUUGAAGAGAAAAACCACAAGAACAAUGAUAAAAGCAAGCUGCACAAUGAACUUCCUCAGUAUUCUGGGAGCCAUGCUUGGAAUCAUCCUCCUCGUGUUCGGCUUCCUUCUCGACAGAAACUACCUGUGUGGCUUCGCGAAAGACCUCGCUCCAUGCCAAGAAGCUACCGUCGUGUUCAUGGGGAUGCUGGUGAUGCUGCUGCUCUUCACCAUGGCUGAGUUAGCCAUUUCUCUGUCUUUCUGCAUGUGGAGUGUCACCUAUUCAGUUGUUAGGAAUGGUGUUAAAGAGCACCAUGGAAAUAAAAAUGUGGUGUAUGGUUACCUCCGAGGACUCUGCAUGUGA